CACACACACACACACACACACACACACACACAUCAACCACAAAUACGACACAAGCAGCAGCAGCAGCUACGUUUCUCCUUGCAAAGCCUUCCUCUUUACAAGCCCCACGUAAAAGGGGUGGGGGUGGAUCCUGAUUGAGAAGCUAGCCUUGGCUCCCGAGAACAACAACAACAAGCAAGGCAGCUCCAGAAGCAGCUACGGUAAAUGGCCAUGUGAUGUGUCCCUUUAGGGUGAUCUUGUAAAACAAAACAAAAAAAAAAGCAAACAAGACGAAAUGCAGCGUGGUCAACACGGAGAAAGAAGGAACUGAAAGUGCAAAGUAGGAGAGGCUUGCUGACAACGUGAAGUACUGUAUACUCAUUUAUACAGGAAACAUUUAAAGAAGUUAAUUUGACAGCACUGCGGAGACGGUGUUCUAUUAAAUGACCUCAUCUUGGGACAACCUAAGGACUUUCCCUUGGGAUGUUGACACUCUGAAGUCUUCUCCUCUGCUCAUAGCAACUGACGGCGUCCCCUCUCCUUGCUCUCUGGGUUGCUCUUCUGUGAUGACACGUUUACAUGAAGCUUGGUUUCUCAUAUCGGAUAACAUACAGAAUUGGAGUGUGGCACUGUGGUAAUAUCGGUUUUGGAUAUCAAACAACAAGUCUUCCUUGAGCCCACAAUGACCUUCGACCAGGUUUAUCAGUAUGAAGACCAAGAAUAACAGUUACAUGAUUUUUGGAAAAUGUAUAUUAACAGAGAAAGGCACCAUUUAAAGGGUCUAAACGGAAUGUCUGUAGAUGAGAAGACGGAAUCCCCCAUGUACGUUUAUGAGUCAACAGUCCAUUGUACAAACAUUCUUCAGUGCCUCAAUGACCAGUGGAAGCGGGAUAUUCUCUGUGAUGUCACUUUAAUAGUGGAAGGGAAGGAGUUCCGUGCACAUCGGGCAGUGCUGGCUGCGUGCAGUGAGUACUUCUUGCAAGUACUGGUUACACAGACACAACAUGACUUGGUUGUCAGCUUACCAGAAGAGGUCACUGCUAGAGGGUUUGGACCAUUGUUGCAGUUUGCCUAUACUGCAAAGCUGUUACUAAGCAAAGAAAACAUACAAGAAGUCAUUCACUGUGCUGAAUUCCUGCGUAUGCAGAACCUGGAAGACUCAUGCUUCAGUUUUCUUCAGACGCAGCUUCUCAACAAUGAGGAUGGCUUGUUUUUGUGCAAGAAAGACACCUCAUGCCAGCAAAUACACAAUGAGACUUUUGAUUGUGAAGAGGAAACAAUGGAAUCUGAAACUUCCAAAAUAUCCUGCCCUAAAGAACGAACGCACCAGGAGCCUUUCUGCUUUGGCUCAGAUGGGCUGGUAGCAGAACGAAAUGAAGAUAUUUUGCCUAAUUCUGAUAUGCAAAGGUACAACAAGGAAAACUUAGACAAGGAUCCUGUGAUCCGCUAUCCAAAAUAUAAGAAGUACCAGCUGGCUUGUACCAAGAAUGUCUACAAUAAUACAUCACCCAGUACCUCAGGUUUCAAAAGCACAUUCAACGACCAGAGUUCAGAAAUUGGUCUGAAAGUAGGGCUCCCCUUAAACCAUAUCAAAAGUGAGCCUCAGGAUGAGGAGAAUGAUGAAGAGAGCAUAACACUUUGCUUGUCUGGAGAUGAGACUGACAUCAGGGAUAAGGAAGGGGAUGUUGAGAUGGUAAGGAAAGAACCCAGCCCAGUUAGCAUGGAUAACUCAAAAAUGAUGUCAUCCCCUUCCUGUUUAAGAACUUUUUUCAGCAGAACAAAAGGAAGGGAGGUUAUUGACCUUUCUGGUUCUUCCCAUCAGCGCUUUGUCAGAAGUCCUUCAUGCCCUGUGGAAAAGGGAGCAGCUCAGGGUGACCAUAAAACUGAUUAUAACCCUUUCACUGGGAAUUAUGAACUGCCUUGUGAACCUCCUAAGGACUCUUCUAGUUUCCUCACAAUGUCUCCUUUCAAAGGAUUAGAACUCGCCUCUAAGCAGGAGAUGGAACUGGAUAGAAAGAGUGUCAUAUUCUCAUCAAGUGCUUGUGACCAAAUAAGCACUCCGGUGCAAUCCUAUUCUGGUGUAAGCUCCUUGGACAAAGAGUUUUCUGAGCAUGUGCCAAAGGGUCUUUGGGCAGGAGCUAGCCAAUCUCUACCUAGCUCACAUACCUUUUCUCACAGUGGACUAAUAACAGACCCAUUACCAAGCAGGCUUCGGACUAACACUAGUUGCCCUGUGCCAAUUAAGGUUUGUCCUCGUUCUCCACCUUUGGAAACCAGGACCAGAACAUCUAGCUCAUGCUCCUCAUACUCUUAUGCAGAAGACGGCAGUGGCGGCUCCCCUUGCAGCCUCCCACUAUGUGAAUUUUCAUCAUCUCCCUGUUCACAGGGCCCAAGGUUCCCAACGACUGACCAUCAAGAGGUCUGUUCAAUAGUUGACUCCAUCUACAACCAAGGCAGGCCACAGAUUAAAUGUGAGCAGUCAUAUGGAACAAAUUCUAGUGAUGAGUCUGGGUCAUUCUCAGAAGCAGACAGCGAGUCAUGCCCUGUUCAGGACAGGGGGCCUGAGGUGAAACUGCCCUUUCCUAUUGAUCAAAUCACAGAUCUUCCACGCAAUGAUUUUCAGAUGAUGAUAAAGAUGCACAAGCUAACCUCAGAGCAGCUUGAGUUUAUUCAUGAUGUGCGCCGCCGAAGCAAAAACAGGAUUGCUGCCCAACGCUGUCGGAAGCGGAAACUUGACUGCAUUCAGAAUUUAGAAUGUGAAAUCCAUAAACUUGUGUGCGAGAAAGAAAAGUUGUUAACUGAAAGGAACCAGCUGAAGGCAUGUAUGGGAGAGCUACUGGACAAUUUCUCUUGUCUUUCCCAGGAAGUUUGUAGGGAUAUCCAGAGCCCUGAGCAGAUACAAGCUCUGCAUAGAUAUUGCCCUGUCCUUAGACCCAUGGAUCUACCCACAGCUGCCACUUUCAACCCUUUACCGGCAAGAGGAGAACAGAAUCUUGUCACAGCUCAGGACAUGGGGGAAAACAUGCAGUGUUGCAACGAGCAAGGAUCGAUUCAACUUGGAGCUCACUCACUUCCUAAUAACACACCAGAAAAUUGUAUUGCAAGAGGUGCGCCAGGGGGAGCUGAUCAUGGUACUUACACGGAGAGGGGGGUUUGUAUGGAGCAGAACAGCCAAACAGUGACGGUGGACUUCUGUCAGGAAAUGACAGAGAAGUGUACAACUGAUGAACAGCCAAGGAAAGAUUUCACCUAGUGUCAUCAGGCUAUGCAAUUAUAGGGUUGUGCAGAAGUCUACUAAAAAAGCUAUUGGCUGUCACUGUCUCCAGAAACCUUGUCGGUGCACACUACAGCAGUCUUAGCGGCAAUACUGUUCUGUAAGGAUUUCCCUCCUCUCGAAAAGCAGGAGUUCUCUUCAUGAUGGUGCUAUACCUUGCUCAGGCAGGGAACUAUAGAGUAACAAUACUGUCAUCCUUCUGUUUUGUUUCUUAAUGUAUUCUAACUUCAAAUCUUAACAGGGAUGGAAGGAACACCUCCAAGAUCCAACAGCAGCUUAUAUUCUCAGUGACCCAUGUCACAAACCAAUCUCAGGAAUUUCUUCUGAAUGUUCAUUUUUUUCUUCUUCAUUGAAGACCGUUAAUAUACAAAAAAAGGUUUUAUAUGUAAACUGUAAAUAGAUGACAAAACCCAUAUGCAAAAAGCUCAUACAACCCUCACACCCUCCCCACUCCACCCUCCAACUGGAAAACUCUCUCUUCUUUAUUGUCCAAGCAAAGAUCCAACAUUCCUUUUCUAAGUCAUGUAGGACAAAAUACUCAGUGUACUUCACAGCUCUACAGUAUCAUUCAGUUUAUAGUGACAAACACCAGGCACUUUUUUUCUGGGAUUAAUGACCUCUAAUCUGCAGUCUGGCACCAUCAUGUCAGUCCACCAUUUUUAUUUUUGGGUUUCAGAAGGUAUCAAGUUCUGCUGAUUCUUUAAACUAUGUCAUACUUGCACUGAGUUAGGCUAUUGUGUGUCAUUUUGUAACAUUGCUAUAUAUGCAUAAUCUGCUUUGUAAAACAAGGGAAAACAAGCAAACACUCAGGAGAAUACAAUGUAGGAACAUUUUCUUGCCAAAUAUUGCAUUCGCCAGAUAGUAUAAUAUUUAAAAAUAACUAUUGUUUGCCAUUCCCCAUUACCAACAUGCUGUUUUCAUAAAAAAGGACAGUAUUUGAUAUUGUAUAUUAUACUCUGUACUGUAACUGAAACAAAAGCAAACAGUUGUUAGCCACCUGACUUCUGUUUGGUUUCAAGGAAGAGGGGGAAAAAAGUGGUUAAAUGUUCCUGCUAAUACUGGGUGUCCAAGAAAGGUUCUCAUUUGGAACAUGAGUGCAUUCACUGUAUUUGUGACUCAUGGAGCCCUUAACGCUAGCAUGAAAAUCACUUACCUCAUCCGAUGAAGUCCACAAUGCUUAAUUCUGGGCCAUCUUACAAAAAAAUCCCUUGUGCCCAAUAUUGUUGUGUUCAAACAGCCCCAACUCCCACCCAAAUGUAAUAGUGAGUCAUAUAAUAGUAAGCUAUGAUGUUUUUAUUUUAAGAUGAAAAAAGAGAA